UGGCCUGAUUGAUGCGAAAAGCAAAAGGCGAAAGACGAUAAAGAAAACGGCUGAACAGCAACCCCAACAACGGGAGCUAUAACAAUCAAAAUAAAUAUUAUUCUUUGCACGUCUCUUGGACUCGACUCUUUCUUCAUCACACUGGCGGGAAUCCUCUGGCAAUCGGAGUCGGCUUCUCGGACGGCUGGCACUGUAACCCAACCGAACCGUGGGCUCCGGGAUAUCAUGGCGCAACCGACAAGUCCACCGCAUUUGACCCCGCAGUUCUGUUUCUCCGAAGGCACAUUACGAGGCUUCCUCCGCCUCUCCCGGUCCAGCCUCGACGACUCGAUAACCCAAAACCUCAACGCGCUCGUGAACCCGGCGCGGCAGGGGUUCGACCCGGCGUCGACGUCCCAACGGGCCCCGCGCUCGUUCACGCAGCAGCUCGACCGCGCAUCGUGCCAGAACUUCAAAGACGCCGUCCUCUUCCCGUCGUGGCAGGCCCGCGCCGACGUCCUCCAUUACUGCGGCUUGGUCGCCACCUCGCCCGAUCCCGACGACCCGGAGGCCGCGGCGAGGCAGGUCGAGGCGGCCAAGGAGCAGGAGCGCGUUGUCGACGAGCGCCUGGACCCGUAUUCGGGACGGUAUUUGCCGAAGGAGCCGCGGACCGAGCAGCUCGCCCUGCUGCUGAGGCAAGAGAAGGGGGUUGAGAAUAUUGUGCGGUCUAGGACGUGGGAUGUGGUGAGGCAGCGCUGCGGUGAGCCUUUGGAUAAGUGGGAAGAUGCUUUUCAUGGCUGGAGGAGGCGAACGGGGGCAUUGGCAUUGGCAGCAACAUCGUCGACGAGGUGACCAUACGUGGGACGUUCACUUGUGUGUAUGAUAGAAUAAGGUACCUUACAGCAGGGGAGGGAAGCGUGGUUCAUGCGAGGGAUGUACUGUACAUGUAACACUAACAGCACAAUCUGGCAGACGAUUUGGCCAUGGAUAGAAUCUAGACUCCCCUUAUUCCCGAUUUCUUUCUCUAUUCUCUCUAUACUCGUACUGUCGCGCGGCCUUUUCAACUUUGUAGUGCU